GCACGCGUCACUGAUGUGUUCCUCCACGUAUGACAGACUGACUUAGCCUUAAAAAUACAAGAUUAUCAACAGAAAAACGGCGUUAAAAAUUAAAUUAAUUAUUAAAUAAUAUUUAUAUUCCAUUAAAAAGUUUAAAUAAUAAAAAACAAAAUGGUGUCGGUAUUAAAUACAGUUGAUACGGGGCACGAAGACAUGAUCCAUGACGCAGAAAUGGACUAUUAUGGACUGAGGUUAGCAACAUGUUCCAGUGACAAUUCUGUUAAAGUAUUUGACCUAAAAAAUGGAUCACAGAGUCUGGUUGCUGAUCUCAAAGGUCACGAUGGACCUGUCUGGCAAGUGGCCUGGGCGCAUCCUAAAUUUGGUAACAUUCUUGCGUCUUGUAGUUAUGACAGGAAGGUGAUGAUUUGGAAAGAACUUGGAGAAUGGACAAAAAUCUAUGAGCACACGAGUCAUGACUCAUCAGUAAACUCCGUGGCCUGGGCACCUCAUGAGUUUGGUUUAAUUCUCGCAUGCGGAAGUUCUGACGGUUCAAUAUCAAUACUUACCAACAACGGUGACAGCUGGAGCACCCAAAAGAUACCAAAUGCUCACACGAUUGGUUGCAAUGCUGUCAGCUGGUGUCCAGUCAUUGACCCGACUUUUGACGCAGCUUCACAUCAGAGGAUUGGAACCAUCAAGAGACUCGCCACCGGUGGCUGCGACAAUUUGGUAAAGAUCUGGAGGGAAGAAGGUGACCGUUGGAUUGAGGAAAAUAAAUUGGAGGCUCACAGCGACUGGGUUCGUGACGUGGCAUGGGCACCAGCAGUCGGGCCACCACGAGCUGCCUUAGCUUCCUGCUCCCAAGACAGACGUGUCGUCGUCUGGACAUCCUCAGACUACGCCAGCUGGAAACCCAACGUAUUGAAUGUCUUCGACGACGUGAUCUGGAACGUCAGCUGGUCGUUGACCGGCGGCAUACUCGCGGUCAGCGGUGGAGACAACAAAGUGUCGCUCUGGAGAGAAAACUCCGAAGGACAGUGGUCUUGUAUCUCGGAAUUAAACAAAGGACAGGGCAACCUCAACAAUGCUGACCAACGAGUCCUAUAGUACCACAUAUUAGCUUACAAUAUCAAUUAAAAUGUAUCAUAAUUAUUUCUUAUCCUUAUUUUUGUUUUCUUUUUCAUAAAUGUACGCUUUUAAUUAGAGAAUA